AUGGCUCAGCGGAUGAUGGCUUCGGUGCAACAUCAGGUGGCUCAGGCGCUGAUCCAAAUGAACCCGGCCAACUUCAAGACCAAGGAGAAGAGUGUGAGACAAGCGCAGACGUCGGCUUCUUUGAUUCCAAGGCCUCCGCAAGAUCCCCCAUCUGGCCGUGUGACACGUAAGAUGAGGAGCCCAGUUGAGAAGCACGCCGAUGGGGGAUACGGAGAAGCGCCAGUGAUACUCCUCAAUGGAGUGCAACUGCAGAUUCCCAGCGAGGAUUCCGAGGAGGACAGGAGGUCGCGGGUUCGCUCGCGAUUCCAUGGCCCAGCUUUAGAGUGGAGCCGGGAACAUUUGCGAAUGAACUAG